CUGCCUGGCGGCACAGACAUCUAUCUUCAGAAAACAUCUAUAGAUGAAAGGAGGAACAAAACAGCCCAGACACCUGACAUUCAGAUUAAUAGUAGUAGGUUCCCUCAUACAUCCUAUGAGCUGACUAGCCACGGAUUCUUGGUUCCAAUAACUGUGUCGGAUCUGUGGUAAAAUUUGUGGAGUGAGACUUCAAUCCAAUCCAAAAGUUCUUCGUUACUUCCAUGACUUCCACACAACUAUUGCACAAGUGGGCACAUCUCACCAGGUUUAAAGAAAACUCUGGGAAAACCAGGUAGUAAAUUGCUAUAAUCUCAGCACUUUGAAGCCUUUGGGAGUUGGAUCCUAAAUUUCAGAAGUGAAUAAACCUACUGUCUUAAAUCUCAUUAAGUGACAGAAGACAUCAGGAAAAGAAACUACUGAAAACGCAUAAGCUGCCUGGCUGCAACCACUCCCAUCUCAGAGCACACUUGCAGGUGAAAGGAAGAAUUACAACUGCCCUGACAGCUGAUACUACAGACUCCUGACCCACUGAAGCAUCUUAAAAAGAAAACAACUGCUGUGAAGGCAAACUACAUCUGAUCUCAACUGUGGUAAAGCAUCUUCAGGCUUUAAGCAGCCCAAGGGAAGCUGAGGUGGUCAGGUAACUAAAGCUCAAACAGAAUGGAAUUCUGCAACUCCACCUUGGGAAGUGGCUUCAUCUUGGUGGGGAUUCUGGACGACAGUGGUUUUCCAGAACUACUCUGUGCCACUAUCACAACUGUGUACUUUUUAGCCUUGACCAGCAAUGGACUUCUGCUGCUGGUCAUCACCAUGGAUGCCCGGCUCCACGUGCCCAUGUAUCUUCUGCUCUGGCAACUCUCUCUCAUGGACCUCCUCCUCACAUCAGUCAUCACUCCAAAGGCUGUAAUAGAUUUUCUUCUCAAAGACAACACUAUCUCAUUUGGGGGAUGUGCCCUUCAGAUGUUCCUGGCACUGACACUUGGUACUGCAGAGGAUCUUCUUCUGUCCUUUAUGGCCUAUGACAGGUAUGUAGCCAUUUGUCAUCCUCUGAACUAUACAAUCCUAAUGAGUCAGAAAGUCUGCUGUUUCAUGAUAGCCACCUCGUGGAUUCUUGCAUCUCUCAGUGCUCUAGGCUAUAGCAUCUACACCAUGCACUAUCCUUUCUGCAAGUCCAGGCAGAUCAGACACCUCUUCUGUGAGAUCCCUCCCUUGCUGAGGCUGGCCUGUGCAGACACCUCCACAUAUGAACUCAUGGUUUAUGUGAUGGGUGUGACCUUGCUCUUUCCAGCUCUUGCUGCCAUUCUCACCUCCUACUCACUAAUUCUGCUCACUGUGCUCCACAUGCCCUCGAAUGAAGGCAGGAAGAAAGCCCUUGUCACCUGCUCUUCCCACCUGACUGUGGUUGGGAUGUGGUAUGGAGGUGCUAUCGUCAUGUAUGUCCUACCCAAUUCCUUCCACAGCCCCAAACAAGACAAUAUCAGCUCGGUUUUUUAUACAAUUUUUACUCCCACUCUGAAUCCUCUCAUCUAUAGCCUAAGGAAUAAGGAAGUCACUGGGGCUUUGAGGAGAGUGCUUGGGAAAAGGUUGUCAGUACAGUCUACAUUCUAG